AUGGGGAAGGCGACCAUCAUCGCUGUUGUGAAGGCGGGGCGGCAGCGCGCUGUGGGAAGGCACGCCAUCGCGGUGGCCGGAUCCGGGGACUGCGGUGGAUGGAUCCCAGGGCAGGCGUUCCUCGACCGGCCCCGGAUGGCCUGCGGCAAGUACACCGUGUACAACUUCUCCGGCAUGCUCUGGUCACACUACGGUCCAUACUGGCGCCAGCUACGCAAGCUAUGGCUGACGGAGCUUCUUAGUGCGAGGCAGCUCAGGCUGACAGAGCACAUCCGUGGCGAGGAGGUGCGCGCCAUGCUGCGCGACCUGCAUCCGAGCACCUCCACCGGGCGCACGGUGGUGCUCAAGGACCGCCUUCUCAUGGUGACCCUCAACGUCAUCUCGCGCAUGGUGCUUGGCAAGAGGUACGUCGGUGAAGGGGCUAGCUCGGCCUCGGCGGCGAAGCCGGAGGAGUUCAGGUGGAUGAUCGAGGAGAUCUUCUUCCUCAACGGCGCGCCUCACAUCGGGGACAUGAUCCCGUGGCUUAGCUGGCUAGACCCGCAAGGGUACGUCAGCAGGAUGAAGAGGCUGAGCAAGAUGUUCGACCGAUUCAUCGAGCACGUGCUGCGCGAGCACAACGAGCGGCGGCUGCAAGAGGGCAAGGCGUUCGUCCCCAUGGACAUGGUCGACCUGCUGCUACAGCUCGCCGAUGACCCCACCCUUGAGGUCCCCAUUACUGGCGACGGUGUCAAGGCAUCCGUUCUGGAGCUCAUCGCCGGCGCCACGGACACAUCGGCCGUGACCGUGGAGUGGGCCAUGUCCGAGCUCUUGAGGAAGCCCCAUUUCCUCGCCAAGGUCACUGAGGAGCUGGACCGUGUGGUCGGCCGCGACCGCCUAGUCGCCGAGGAUGACAUCUCCAGCCUCCCGUACCUGGAAGCCGUCGUGAAGGAGACCAUGCGGCUCCACCCUGUGGUACCCCUUCUGAUACCGCGGGUGUCUCGUGAGCACACGUCCGUAGCAGGCUAUGAAAUCCCGGUGGGCACACGCGUGCUCGUCAACGUCUGGGCUAUCAGCCGGGACCCGACUGUGUGGGGGGAGACGGCCGCGGAAUUUCAGCCGGAGCGGUUCCUUGGGAGCAAGGUGGAUGUCAAGGGCCACGACCUGGAACUGCUACCUUUUGGUGCUGGGCGCAGGAUGUGCCCAGCCCACGGCCUUGGGCUCAAGAUGGUUCAGCUGGUGCUGGCAAACUUACUGCACGGCUAUGCGUGGAGGCUCCCCGACGGCGUGGCGGCUGAGGCGCUGAGCAUGGAGGAGAAGUUUGGCAUAUCUGUGUCUCGCAUGCACCACCUCCACGCUUUCCCUGAGCCCAAGCUUUUGGAUCACCUCUAUUUCGGGCCAUGAAACGUUACUACUAGCUUUAGUUUGAUGUUUGCUCGAGUGCAUGUACACGUACUGGUUUACUUUCACCUCGGAUGUUUAUGGGUUGUAUGCAUUAUGGUUAUGCAGAGGCCGAAACUGAUCUCAGCAUGAUUGUAUCGUCUUGAUGUAAUGA